AUGUCGUCGCCUAGUACGAGUCAGCAAGAUGAGGAGAAGGCUGUAGAACCGCCCCUCGUCUCAGAGGGUCCUACUCUGGAUCUGGGAAUUCCUCCAGAAGGUGGUCUUCGAGGUUGGCUUUGCUGUGUUGGUGGCUCUUUGGGUCUUUUUGCUACACUGGGCUUUUUGAAUGCCAUUGGUGUCUUCCAAACUACAUACCAAGAGACUCUUUUGAGAGAUUAUACUUCUUCUGAUAUAUCAUGGAUCUUUACCGUUCAGCUUGCUCUUAUCUGGGCUCCGGGCUCACUAUUCGGACGCAUUGUAGACACAUAUGGUCCACGCCCGGUCAUGCUGCCAUGUACUUUGCUUUGCCUCUUCUCGCUGUGCAUGACUAGUCUCGCUACAGAAUACUAUCAGAUUAUCUUAGCACAGGGAGUUGGAUAUGGACUCGGAGCUGGAGGUAUCUUUACCACCAGCUUAGUCUGUGUAGGCCAAUGGUUCGUCAAGCGAAGAGGCCUUGCUAUGGGAAUUACGGUUGCCGGUAGUAGUAUUGGUGGUGUUAUCUUCCCCUUCUUCCUGAAGCUGGUUAUGCAAGACGUAGGUUUCAAUGGUAUGGUACGCUACACAGCGCUAUUCAUUGGAAUCGCUUUGAUCGGCGCCUUCUUCCUUAUCACUGCCCGUCUACCUCCUAAGAAGUGGAACUCAGACGUAGCAUGGUUUGACCUGAAGCUUUUCAAGAACAAAGGCUUUGCCUUCUACGCACUGGGUUCAUACUUCGUGAUGUGGGGACUAUGGGCGCCCUUCGACUAUCUUCCUAGCAUGGCCCAAAUGUCAGGAAUGUCCGACUCCCUAUCGCUCUACCUGAUCGCUAUUGUCAAUGGUGCUUCGCUAUUCGGACGAAUUAUUCCCGGCCACAUCGGAGACAAGGUUGGAUACUUCAAUGUCAUCACCGGGUCCGCUAUUUUCAGCUGCCUGGCGAUUCUCUGCUUAUGGCUACCAUUUGAUUACCACUAUUCCAAUGCUGGACUUAUUGUUUUUGCCGCGGUCUACGGCUUUUUCAGUGGUGCUUUCGUUAGCAUCAUGAUGCCAUGCUGUGCAAAGUCCGGUACCAUCGAGACCCUUGGAAGACAGAUUGGUACUUAUCAGGGUGUCAUCGCUAUUUCCACCCUUACUGGUCUGCCAAUCAUGGGAGCUAUCUUCGGCAGGCAGCAUAACUCAACAUACGAGGGCAUGCAAAUAUUCUCCAUCGUGUCCAUGUUCAUUGGUGCAGUGCUUCUUCUGGCUUCUCGAAAUGUCUUGGCUAAGGCCCACGGAACAUGGAGAUACUAG